AUGGACGUCUCCAAACCAGUCAUCGUUGGAAUGAUGGGCAAUUCGUCUUGCCUCCAGACUGACUCUGGCUUAAUGCCAUUGAUAACAGACUUUGAAACGUCGUCGUUCGCCAUGGAAAGUGAUCAGAUGAGCUUGGAGGUCAAGUCAAGGAUAAAUGCUCCAAGACUAUGUUAUUGUGGAGAGAGAUCCCCUGUGAAGACUUCAAUGACAUCUGGAAAUAUGGGUAGAAGGUUUUAUGGUUGCGCAAGAUAUGGGGUUGAUGUAACUUGUGGCUACUUUGAAUGGGUUGAUCCACCCAUGUGCCAACGUGGGAAGGAGGUGUUGCCAAGGAUGGUUGCAAAGAUGAACAGAUUGGAGAAGGAACUAGCAGGAAGUCGUAGAAGGGAGAAAAUGUUUUGCAAAGCUCUGUUUGGGACAUGGGUUUUUUUCUUUAUCAUGACAAUGUUCUGGGUGAAGUUUGCUGGAGUAAAGAAAAACAGGUUGUUGUUGAGCCAUAGAGUUUGA